AUGGCUAGCAAAUCUCAGCCUCCCAUAUAGGAAAGGACUUUCCAUGAAUGGUCAAAGAACAACUUCUACAGAACCAGCUAUAUCAAUCAUUACACGCAAGUAAAGAAUUAUGUGAAUGUAGCUUCCAUAAGAACCAAAAAACACUGCUGUGCCAGGAUAUGCUGGUUAUGUGCCAUAUGUGCAGUCGGAGAAUUUAUAUGGCGAGAGAUUUUCUGAAGUGGCCAGGAAAUCGUUUGCAGACUAGAAACUAGGAAAGUUCAAUAGAUUAUCGUCGACUGGAUUUAAUUUCGAUCCAAAAGAAUUAAUCGAUGUACAUAAGGAAGCGUAUUCUCAUAAAUACGGAUGCUAAACCUUAUUGAAAAACCAUCCAUGCACUCAUAUCAAUAAAAUGGUUACAUCCUAUCAAGACGGUUUCAAAAAGCCUUAAGAACUUGUUGCUCCAACGUAUCAAAGAAUCACAAUAAAUUAGAUUUCGUAAGACUGACAGAUAUCUAGAAACUUCACAGGCUCAAACCAAGACAUCUGGAUUCCAGAAGAAUCACAUGUAAUUUGAUGGACCAGGUUGGAUUCCUCAUGAAAACAUGAAUGGUUUGCAAUAUAUUUUUAUAAUUUAGGCGAUCAAGUGAGAACAGAAUACAGAAUUCAAUAUAAUCAAGACAAGCCAUUCCACAGAAACCCCAUUCAAUUCAAGUUAAGAAAGAUGAAACAAACAGAAAUGAAUUAUAAGCAUACCUGAAU